AUGUCUCAGGUGGACAAUAAAGAUGCUUUGGCAUCCAAAGAGGAAAAGGCUGGUAUAACAGAGAAAAAUAAUGCCUCUGAAUCAGUGUCUGAAGCAACCUCUGCGGAGACACAAUCAGGACAAAGAAGAGCAACCUCAACACCCGGAGCUGGGAUUGCAAAUCCCUUUGAUUUCUCAGCCAUGGCUGGUCUACUUAAUGAUCCAAGCAUUAAGGAGUUAGCAGAACAGAUAGCAAAAGAUCCUUCAUUUAACCAGAUGGCAGAGCAGCUCCAGAAGACUUUUCAUGGUGCUUCAGCUGAAGAGGCUAUCCCUCAGUUUGAUACGCAACAGUAUUAUUCCACCAUGCAACAGGUUAUGCAAAAUCCUCAAUUCAUGACCAUGGCUGAGCGUCUCGGUAAUGCGUUAAUGACGGAGCCAUCCAUGGCCCAAAUGCUUGAAAAUUUCGCUCAUACGGCAAGUAAAGACCAGAUUGAAGAACGUAUGGCACGCAUUAAAGAAGAUCCAGCUUUGAAACCUAUCUUGGCUGAGAUAGAGACCGGAGGUCCAGCUGCAAUGAUGAGGUACUGGAAUGAUAAAGAUGUUCUGCAGAAGUUGGGUGAAGCAAUGGGUCUUGCUGCUGCAGGAGAUGCUGCCGCUUCUGCUGAAAAUUCUGUGCCUGAUGAGACAGAUGAGGGGAAUGAUGAUGAAUCCAUUGUUCAUAAUACUGCUAGUGUGGGCGAUGUCGAGGGAUUGAAGAACGCACUAGGCUCUGGUGCUAAUAAAGAUGAGGAAGAUUCAGAGGGAAGGACAGGAUUGCAUUUUGCAUGUGGAUAUGGUGAGGUCAAGUGCGCCCAGGUCCUUCUUGAGGCUGGGGCACGGGUGGAUGCUUUGGAUAAGAACAAGAACACCGCCCUUCAUUAUGCAGCUGGUUAUGGAAGGAAAGAGUGUGUAGCACUUCUGCUGGAGAAUGGCGCUGCUGUCACUCUGCAGAACAUGGACGGGAAGACACCCAUCGAUGUUGCAAAAUUAAACAACCAACACGAUGUGCUGAAGCUGCUGGAAAAAGACGCAUUUCUAUAA